AUGGUAGAAACGUCAGCUAGACCAUCGCUGUCGUCUUCAUCUUCUAGUUCCUCUGGAUCUCAGAACUCGCUUGAAAUCACAGCAGCACCCAGCGGAGGAAGACCUAAAGAACCAGCGAGAAACGAGCCAAAUGCGGGCACCAAGAGUUCUGGACAGGUGAAAUGGAAGGGAAAUGUGAAAAAUCCACAAGCUACUGCAGCUGGUGCCAAACGUUCCAGGUUGGCAGCCGAAAACUCGUUGGGAGGGUUCUCAAAGGGCAAAUUAGCACCAUUGACGCCGUUUUCUAACGAAAAUACAACUGGCCCGGAAGCAGACGACAGGUAUGCGAAUGCGUCGUCAUCGUUCCCCCACACGUCAAGGCCGAUGGGGUUCACAUACUCGUCUCCCAACCUGAAGGGCAUGUAUGAAAUGGCUUCCAACUACGAACAGGCCCGUUUGCGAAAUUACUACCACCAAACGUUCGGGGACCGUUCGUCGCAGUUUGUGGACCCCAUGUACCAACAGCUCAACCCAAGGUUCAGAGGGUCUCAAAACAAGCCGGUAUGGAGCUUGAACCAGCCGUUACCACACGUUUUAAACCCUUCUUUGGCUCGCAAAAUCAGCAGAAACAUGGAAGCUCACUCACAGAACUCGUCACAACCGGAAUCCAGAGCUGGGUCCAAACCAACGACGCCUGGACCUUCCCACUCGGGAUCUCUGGCUUCUAUUAGUGACUGGAGAAAAGCCUUUCAAAGAGUAAGCUCCAGUCGUAAACUCGACGAUAUAGAGGCCCAGUUACCGGGCUCAACUGCAGCUGUUCAACGUCCAGCAUCGUCCAAACCUGAUCCAGAGAAACCCUCAAACUCUCAUGUUGAAGAGAAAUCUACUGGAGUCCGGAGAAACCAUGCAAAUGCAAGAUUCACACUGAAUUCCGAUAGUUAUCCCAACUCUAUCGCAGGAGAUGACCCCACCCUGGCAAACAACUCCAACACCGCCAGUCCGCCUGAAAUUCCAAAGGUUUCCCCACCGCCGCCCGUUGUGGCCACUGCGGACGACGAAUCUGAUACACUUACUUUUCCUAACUUUUGGGCCAAAAUAAGGUACCAUUUGCGUGAACCAUUUGCUGAAUUUUUGGGGACUCUUAUCCUAGUUAUUUUCGGUGUUGGUGGUAACCUUCAAGCCACUGUCACCAAAGGCGCCGGUGGCUCUUACGAAUCUUUAUCGUUUGCAUGGGGGUUUGGGUGCAUGUUAGGUGUUUAUGUUGCUGGUGGUGUGAGUGGUGGUCAUGUCAAUCCAGCUGUUACCAUAUCAAUGGCCAUUUUUCGCAAGUUCCCGUGGAAAAAAGUGCCAGUUUACAUUUUUGCUCAGAUUGUGGGGGCCUUCUUUGGUGGUGCUAUGGCAUAUGGAUAUUUCUGGAGUUCUAUUACAGAAUUUGAAGGCGGCCCUCAUAUCAGGACUGCAGCCUCGGGUGCCUGUCUAUUCACCAAUCCUAAGCCUUACGUUACUUGGCGAAACGCUUUUUUCGAUGAAUUCAUUGGUGCGUCCAUACUGGUUGGGUGUCUAAUGGCACUGCUUGAUGAUAGUAACGCUCCCCCAACUAGUGGUAUGACCGCUUUGAUUGUCGGCUUUCUCGUGGCAGCCAUCGGUAUGGCAUUGGGAUUUCAAACAAGUUUCACCAUUAAUCCUGCAAGAGAUCUUGGGCCACGUAUAUUUGCGUCUAUGAUCGGUUAUGGUCCUCACGCAUUCCACCUUACCCAUUGGUGGUGGACUUGGGGUACCUGGGGCGGACCCAUUGCAGGUGGCAUCGCGGGAGCACUCAUGUACGAUAUUUUCAUCUUUACUGGGUGUGAGUCGCCCAUAAACUAUCCCGACAACGGUUACAUUGAGCAUCGUGUGAAGAAGAUUAUGCAGACUGAAAUGCACUUGCAUCGAGCACAUGCCGAAGAGGAUUCAUCGGACAAACAAGGCUGA